AUGGCGCGGACAGGGUUCUUCCACCAUAUCGGCACGUUCCUGCUAUUCGCAGCGACCGUGCUGCUAAUCAUAACCGACAUUUCGGCCCCAGUCGUCAAUAGCAUCUCCUUGCUAAAAAUCGAUCUCAAUGGCGCCUCAUCAUCAUCAUUCAAUAAUAACAAUCGGAGCCCAAGUAUCACAUUUGGUACCUUCGGAUACUGUGUGCGCGAUACAUUAGCUUCUGGUCAAGACUUCUGCUCCCAAUCGGAAGUAGGUUACGACCCCGUUUCCGUGGUCGAAGAGAAUGUAAACGGCCUGUCAUUCUCAGACGCAGCAUCGGACUCGGCUAAAGCGCUCACGCGCGUGAUGAUCCUACACCCGAUCGCAACGGGUCUAACCUUCAUCGCCUUCCUCCUCGUCCUCGGCGCCGGCGUCGUCGGCGGGCUCCUCGCCUCACUCGUCUCCCUUCUCGCCUUCCUAGUCACUCUCGUCGCGCUCGUUUGCGACUUCGUAGCCUUCGCUAUCAUCAGGAACAAGAUCAACGACGCGGACUCCGGCAACGCCGCUACCGCCACUUGGGGCCCUGCGAUCUGGACCCUGCUCGUUUCGGCGAUCUGCAGUUUCCUGGCUGUGUUUGUGGUCUUCUUUACGUGCUGUAGCUCCCGCAUGCAUGGCCGCAGGGAAAGGAGGGUCAAGGAUGUGCCCGAGGGGUACGGAACUCCAGCUAGGAGGCGGUGGCGCUGGUCGUAA